AUGAUUAAGCAAGAUUCCCUGUUCUUAUCUUCUUUUCCCCUAAACACAAACCCAGUUUCUGAAACCAUGUUGUUUGGUGAACCAGAUCCAUAUCCGGAUCUCAACUCGGGUCAAAUCAUGGAUUGGUUAGAAGAGUCAUUACCUUACCUUCCAUCUCUUUUAGAUGAUCUGUAUGACUCCACUGACAACAUCGAUGAUCCAUGGUGGGCACCAUUGGAAGAGCUAGAACAUGACGUCAUCAAUGCUAAUACUAUCUCUACUUGUAACUCCGUAGAAAACUUAAUCACUACAGUCAGCAGUUGUACUACUACAGCUCCUACUCAUCUUCUCAAUGUCCCUGAACAACCUGAAGAACGACUGGUUGUUGACUUGUCAAAGAAACGAAAAGCAACAGAAGAGGGAAAAAGAUCCGGUGGACACAAGAAGGGGACAGGAAAAGCCACCAAGGAUAACUGUAAUGGCGGGAAGAAUGAUGGGAGGUGGGCGGAGCAGUUGUUGAAUCCAUGUGCUGCAGCAAUCACCGCCGGGAAUGUGACACGUGUCCAGCAUCUACUCUUUGUUCUUCACGAGCUGGCGUCACCAACCGGAGAUGCUAACUACAGGUUGGCGUCUCACGGGCUGCAAGCGCUCCUCCACCACCUCUCCUCCUCCACCGGAAAGGUGGUGACCCGGACCCCUGCCAAUGCCAUGAAUUUCACCACGGCGACACCUAAAUUCUUCCAACGAUCUUUAAUCAAUUUUAAUGAUAUAAAUCCAUGGUUCACGAUUCCUUUCAACAUUGCCAACAACGCGAUCCUACAAGUGUUGUCGGAGCAAGUCAAUAACAGGACUCUUCAUAUCCUCGAUAUCGGAGUCUCUCAUGGGUUCCAGUGGCCUACGCUUCUAGAAGCACUGAGUCACCGGCCGGGAGGUCCACCGCCGUUGGUUCGACUCACGGUCGUCCCACCGGAAAACCGACAAUUUCCUUUCGCAAACUGCCCUCCUGGUUACGAUUUCACCUCAAACAUCCUCCGUUUCGCGAAAGAUGUCAAUGUCAAUUUACAGAUCAACACACUCGACGACUGCCCUUUGAAUAAUCUAAAUCCCCAAAUCAUCAAUUCAUCCCCGGAUGAAACCCUAAUCGUAUGUGCUCAAUUUAGACUUCACGACCUAAACCACCACACGAAACCAGACAACAGAACAGAGUUCUUGAAACUGAUGCGAAGUAUGAACCCCCAAGGAGUAAUUUUGAGCGAUAACAACAUGGGUUGCAGCUGCAAAAGCUGUAGCAGCUUUGAUGCAGGUUUUUCCCGGAGCUUGGAUUACUUGUGGAGGUUUUUGGACUCCACAAGUGUGGCAUUUAAAGGGAGAGAAAUGGAAGAACGGAAAGUGAUGGAAGGGGAAGCUGCAAAGGCUCUGGUUAACAUGUGUGAAAUGAAUGAAACGAAAGAGAAGUGGGGAGAGAGGAUGAGGGGCGUUGGAUUUGUAGAGAAUGCAUUUGGAGAAGAUGCCAUGGAUCAAGCUCGUGCAUUGUUGAAAAAGUAUGAUAGUCACUGGGAAAUGAGAGUUGAGGAAAAAGAUGAGUCUAUUGGGUUACGGUGGAAAGGGCAAUCUGUGUCGUUCUGUUCUUUGUGGAAAAUAGAUCCAAAAACUAGUGAUUUGUAG